UUCACACUCUUGGCUGUUCUGUACUUCCUUCACGAGACCUUUGAUAGCUUCUGUCUUGUCUCCACAGUGAAGCCUGAAUUUCUACCUUCUAACCGAACGGUUUCGAACGAGCGUCAGUCCAGCGCCGUGUUGCGAUGUCGUUUCUACGGCAGUCCGGCGCCGGCGAUUACUUGGACGCUUCCGAAUGGAACUGAGCUGAGCUCCCAGCCACCCACCGCUGUUACAGGGGCAGUAACCGGCAGUGCAGUGACCAUACAGAAUGGGAGCAGGUCGGACCAGGGCUGGUACAACUGCACAGCCAAGAACAGAAUUAUGAACGCGAGUUACAGUGCCAUGGGAAGCGUCUACCUUCGAGUGCAAGUGCUGGCAAGCGUCGGAGCGGUGGCUGCCGAUCAAGUUGUGCAGAUCAGGAAGGAAGCACGUAUGAUUAUCAACGCCACUUCUCUAGGGGAUCCCCCAGCACCAGUGUCAAAUAUAACCUGGGAAAAGAUUGGGAACUCCUCUUGGGCUACGGAAAUGUCGACGUACCUAUCGUCAGACCGACUAACACAGCGCGUGCCCGCUAUGCGCUACUGGGAUGACGGACUGUAUCGAGUGCGGGUCGGCAAUCCUGCUGGUGAAGUGACGGUCGACUUCACCCUUCACUAUCGCGAACCACCCCUGAUCGUGACAGCACCCAGAGCUGUGACAUUGAACAAGGGCACCACACUCCAGCUGCAGUGUGUUGCCACGGGUAAUCCACGCCCAACGAUGCAAUGGACGCAUCCAUCGAUCACUAUUCCCGCAACCGGUAUUGCUACUGCACCGUACAACACCUCCUCAAUCAGCCAACGCAAACUAUUUGCGGUCGAGUCAAAUCUGACCAUUGCCGCCGUUGGCUUAGAGGCCGAAGGUGGAUUCCAAUGCCUGGCGUCCAAUACGUUCCCGCCGAGUGCCAGUGCAUCAGCUGUAAUCACUGUUUUCAUAAAACCUGAGCUUGUUGCCAACCUGUCCAGCCCGAGUACAACCACAAACGAGCACACCGCCAGAGUGGAGCUAUCCUGCACAGUUCGUGCUCGGCCAGCACCCACCAUCACCUGGUUAAGUCCUACCGGCUCUGAUCUGAGCGCCUUGGGAAGCGUGAUCGUGAACACCUCCACGCCCAAUGUUUACCAUGGCAACCUGGUGCUGCGGGACAUCGCAAAGAAACAGGAGGGUAGCUACAUGUGUACAGGUCGUACCAGUUACGGUUCAGUCUCCACAAACGUGUUCCUGAGAGUACAAGUCUUGCCCAGCGCUAUGCCGGUAGCAGAAAAGCAAGACGGUGUUCAAGGAAAGAGUGUGAUAAUAGCAUUGAAUAUGGUCUACGCUGGGGAUCCGACUGUGCCCACACACAACAUCACCUGGACAAAGGUUGGCAACAGCACAUGGCAGACAAGAGCAGCGGGUUACAUUUCACUGGAUCGUCUCUACGUUACCAUACCCUCAGUUCAGUUCUGGGAUGCAGGACGGUACACAGUGAAGAUAGGGAACCUGGCUGGUGAGAUCGUUGUCAACUUUACCAUCACAUACAAAGUGCCUCCGAAGGUGUUCAAGUUGCCGUUUAGCCACAGUGCUAACAAAAGCACAACGACUACAUUUGCGUGCACCGCAAGCGGUAAUCCCGUUCCCAGCAUCGCCUGGUACCAUGACUCCAGCCCUUUGCCCGUAAAUAAGUCUCACAUUACGGCCUACAUCGAUGCGAGCCUGUCCAGCAAGCUGACGUACGGUAUAACUUCAAUCCUCACUCUCAAGCAUCUUCAUCCCAGCAACAACGGGGUGUACAAGUGUGUUGCGCAGAAUGGCGUUCCCCCUGGUUCCGCUGCAACUGCCAACUUGACUGUGUUCUAUGGACCUAAUCUCCAGUCUGCUACUUUCAACAGAUUGCAAGCCAUCGAAGGCAGUAAUGUGACCGCGAAGUUCUCUUUUCUCUCUAACCCCAAACCCACAUACAACUGGACGGCCGCUCCAAAGCUUGCAGUGGGAACAGCAACCAGAGUAUCUCUUUCCGGUCAGGUGCCGUCCUUUACGUUUGAGCUUCAUCUGAGUCAAGUUGCUGCCGUCAGCCCAGUUUUUCUGCACAACAUCACCUUCACCGUGGAAAAUUUCCUUGGCAGCACAGCUGUAACAAGAGAGGUCACAGUCCAAGUGAAGCCACGGUUAUUGAACGGCUCCGCGGUGAACAUGACCAGCAAUGAACGCCAGGAUAACGUCACGCUGACCUGCAUCUUCCAGAGUGUUCCCGUGUCCAGCGUCACAUGGAUCAGACAUGACGGAGUGAACGUGACCGCGUUGUCACGGGCUGUAUCAAGCAGCACACACCCAUACCUAUUGUACAGCUAUCUGACCUUGCAGAACAUCAGCAAGCAGGAUGAAGGCUACUAUACAUGCCGUGGAUUGAACAGUGUUGGCGUCACGUCGCAUCAAAUCUUUCUCAGAGUUCAAGACCUGCCGAGAGCUAUAGCAGUGCAUCAGAAAGAGAUUGGCAUUCAGCAUAGCCCAUCCACAUUGGAGGUCAACAUUACGUACAGAGGAGACCCGCAGGUUCCCAUUUCCAACAUCACAUGGUCAAAGGUGGGAAACUCAACGUGGACAGCGGCUACAAGCACCCUUGUAUCUCCAGAUCGGCUCUCAUUGACUAUCCCUAGAGUGCACUAUUGGGAUGAAGGUCAGUACAUGGUGAACAUCAGCAACGCAGCAGGGCAGAUCACCGUUAACUUCACACUUACAUACAGAGAACCUCCGGUGAUCACAUCGUAUCCUAUAUCACAAGUCGUCAAUGAGGGUUCCAACGUGACGUUCCGAUGCACAGUAACCGGCAACCCUAUGCCAAAUGUGACAUGGCACACGGUUACUGCACCACUUCAUACAUGGCUCUACACCAACCAACAGCUAGUCAACUCCACUUUAGCAAAGCACCUUUCCUUCGCCGUCCAGUCCACACUAGUUCUACCAAUGGUGAUGCUGGUCAAUGACAAUCUGUACGAGUGCCGAGCAAGCGCUGGGGCAUUCCCUAGUGACACUGCUCGGGCCAAUCUCACAGUCUAUGCACCUCCGGUUCAGAUUCUCCCCACUGCCAGUAUCACGGUGUUGCUUCACCGGCCGGCGGUACUUCACUGCAAUGUCUCAUCAGUCCCGAUAUCCAGGAUAUCAUGGUAUCGAGAUGGAAAGUUGUUACGGGCAGGCGAUCUCGGUGGACGGGUGACAUUUUCGGCAAUGAACGUGACCCUUUCGCUAGCUAAUGUCACUUACGCCGAUGGCGGUGGUUCCGUCUAUCACUGUGAAGCUUCCAACAAGAAUCCAUCACUGCCAUUAGUGGGAGGUACGAUGACUGGGAAUCACGCAUCGGUGGCUGUUGUGGGUUCGCCUCGGAUUCAGUUUAUGUCUUCAACUGAAUUUCAUGUGUUCGAGAACACUACAGUUGAUCUAAACUGUACUCUCCUAGUGAAUCCCGAACCAAACAUACAAUGGAUCGUUUCCCCGAUGCCUCAGAACACAAAUACUCUAUGGAAUGGGUCACGAGUAUCCUAUCCCGUUUUCACAAGCUCUGUACGGUGGCCGUACCUCCCCGUAUAUAGCAACGGCCACACGUACAACAUCACGCUUGUGGCUUGGAACCAGUACGGCAGUGAUACACGUACUGUGCCAGUGACCAUAUAUGCUGUUCCAGUGUUCAUGAGCGCAUCCUCAUCAAGUGCUUUGAUUGGUUUCGAGAACCAGGCAGUUAUUACGCUAAAGUGCAUAUUCCGGAGCGUACCUGCACCAAACAUAACAUGGCAGGAGCAGAGCGAUGGGAGAAUACUCUCAUGGCCGUCUCGAUUUUACCAGAACACCACCACACCACAUGUGUACCACAGUGAGCUAACAAUCACAAACUUGCAGGUCAGCGACGAAGGCCAUUACCUGUGCACGGCCGAAACAGCCAAUGGAACAGCCUCUGCAAUGGUGCAACUACGAGUCUACGCACUGCCCCGGGCCUAUGCCGAUGUGGCUCUGCAGACUGGAGUCAAAGACAUGCCACUGAACCUGUCGUUGACGGUACUGUAUCCGGGAAAUCCACCCAUCAACGAGUCUGAUAUCCUGUGGUUCAAGGCUGUCAAUGACUCCUCGUUGCUCCCACUCGCAAAUAGCAGCAUUUCAGUAGACGGACUGUCGCUGAUGGUUGAGUCCAUGCAGUAUGCAGACGCUGGAAAAUACAUCGUGGAGCUUUCUAACAAGCUGGGAUCGGUCACUGUCAACUUCACUGUGAGAUAUGAAGAACCUCUGCAAAUCCGGCACAUCUCGCAGAAUUUGGAAGUCAACGAACUGGACACCGCGCGAUUACAAUGCCUGGCAAGCGGCAAUCCCAAGCCCAGCAUAUCCUGGCAUUACGGUUUUACGUUGGUUCCGGCCAACCACACCAGCGCGAUGGCAAUAUCUAACUUUACUCUCACCAGCCCUCUAACCCAUGACGUUCAAUCAACGCUGAUCCUGAAGUCAGUAACAACAGCAGCCAAUGCAGGAGUCUACCGAUGCAUCGCUUCCAACUCCUUUCUCAGCAAUGUGACUGCAUCAGUCAACCUGACUGUUUACAUACGGCCUGAGAGUGUACCCCAAGAAGACACAGUCCUAUGCAACGAACAUCAGCAUUCGGUGACUGUGAGAUGUUCAUUUCGUGCUCUACCCCCACCCACUAUCACAUGGCAGCACAGUGGGGUGGAUAUAACAAGCUCCAGUGUGGUCACCGCCAAUGUUUCCGAACCUCAUCUGUAUCACAGUGUGCUAAUACUGUAUAAUGUUACCAUGGCGACAGCCGGCCAAUACACGUGCAGUGCACGUAACCAGCAUGGGAUGAAGUCCAGUCGACGCAGUGUUAAAGUUCAAGUGUUACCGCAAGCCAGUGCAGUUGCGCACAGUCUGGUUGGUGUUCGGGGUAGACCGGCGACAUUGCGCAUACGCAUUACGUAUCCCGGCAAUCCUCCAGCACCGGUUUCCAACAUCACCUGGUCUCAGCUUGUGAAUGACUCUUGGCAAAGCCUGGCAAACACCAGUAUCUCAGCAGACCACCUGAGCUAUACAAUAGCCAGUGUGGAGUAUUGGCAUGUUGGUCAGUAUGCUGUGAGGAUUGCCAACCCGGCAGGACACACCGUUGUGUACAUAAAUCUGGCCUACGGAGAAUCACCAACAUUCCUCAGCUGGCCAACAGAUGAGGUGAUCAAUGAAGGGGAUACAGCCCGGUUCAGCUGCCGUAUACGGGGAUUUCCGGCACCGGAUAUCACUUGGUACCAUAAUAGAACGCUGCUCCCGACUCGUUUAUCCAGCACUACUAUUAUCAAUGGCCUUGGCCUUUCAGGGAAUCUCUCCUCUGGAGUGGCAUCAGUGCUGACUCUGGCAAGUGUUUCUCUGGCUCUCAAUCAUGGUCAGUAUUCGUGUCUUGCUGCCAACAGCCACCUACCGUCGGCUAACGCAUCUGUGCAUCUCAGAGUUUUCGUUCCACCGAAGCAGACGGCGUUUACGCAGAAUGCAACCGUACAGCUGGGCUCUCAGAUCAAACUGCACUGCAAUAUAUAUGCAGUUCCCCUGGCCAGUAUCACCUGGACUAAAGAUGGACAGGUGCUUGCAAAGGACGGGCUUGGUGGAAGAGUAUCAUUUGCAGUGUCAGGAGACACGUUGAUCAUAGGCCUCGUGGAGGCAGGCGAUGCUGGCAUAUAUCGUUGCAGUGCUGACAACGUGGACAGAACUGCACCGGCCGCAGGGGGAUAUGUAACGGGAAACCACGCUUAUGUAACUAUUCAAGUGGCCGCCAAGAUCACUGAGAGCCCGGGAAAGGCUAUGGUGGCUUACCGUGGAUCUCCAGUCAGCAUGUCUUGCCGGUUUUCUGGGACACCGCAGCCCACUGCUCACUGGUGUCAUGUAGCCAACAACGGGUCCUGCCUGAUCAACACUGCGGCUAACUGUCCCAGCACCACGCAGCAGAUGCAAGGUCACAAGGUCACGCUGGACUUUGCUGCUCUGGAGAAUUGUCACCAGGGCAUGUAUCGCUGUGUAGUCAGCAAUGGACUUGCCAUGGACAUGGCGGAGGUCAAGCUGACCGUACAAGACAAAGCACACAUUAGCAUCAUUGGAAACUUCACAGGAACUCUACUGGAACAGGCUGGUGCCACUGCUCAAACCAUCAAUGAUUUAAUCGCAAAGACGUUCAAGUCCCUACUAUCGCAAAACACCCAAGUCAACUCCGUUGUCAUCAAGCAACAGCAAGGCGACACCAUUACGGUCAAGACCGACGUCUAUAUUCCAGCGUCGGUAUUGGCAAAUAUUUCCGGCAAUGCCUCGCAGACCGAUGGCCUUUACUUGCUGGUGCUGCAAAGCAUCCAAGCCGGACAUAGUUAUCCACUGGAUUUGGAACCACUGUCUGUGGAGACUCAGUCGUAUGAUUCCUGUGCACCUAACACCACUGCCGAUGCUUCUAAAGGCCAAGUUUCCUGGCCGGAAACCCACACGGAUACCUGUGCGUCGGAACCUUGUCCAGUGGCGCUGAGCGAUGGUAUCAGCAGAUUUGCCACGCGCUGCUGUCAAGCUGGCAGUGCGAAGAGUGCAGGCACACUGGCCUUGCCGCGGUGGCUAGCAGUGAAUAUGAGCCAGUGUCCUUCGCCGGAUACACUGCUGCUCUUCAGCCUAUCCACGGGAGCAUUCAACUCCAGCGAUCCCGAAACACUGGUGUCAGCAACGCAGUCAUUGGCAAACUUGACCCAGGAUUCAACCGCACUCUCCAAGGAUGACCUGAACUUUGCGACAGCUGCAUUGUCCAACGUUGUGUCCGCUGUACUCAGCGGAGACGGGCCGAUUAAUCAGUCCAUUGUCUCAACGGUUGUGUCAUCCACUGUUGAUUUUGUUGAUAACAUCUUGGAGUCUGAGGAGUCGACCCCUCAGUCCACACCAGCAAUGCGGCUGCGUGUAACAAAGUCUGUGGAGAGGUUGGUGGCUGCACUGGACGUAGAGACAGGGGAUGUUCAUCAGAAGCACACUGAGAACGUUGCCUUUGCUGUCAGCUGCCCUGAACCGGGCUCUGGACUAGCACUACGUACAAUGUCGGAGAAUGAAACAUUCGACAUUGGUCCACCGGCAACUAGUGACAAAGAAUCAUCCGAUAUAUCCUUUGAUAUUCCCCAGCAAGCGAUAACACUUGCCACCAUGGCGCAGAAAGCCAGUGGUGACGAAGACGACAACUCGUCCCUCUGCCCUGUGGCCCGCACCCAGUUCAUCGUCUACAAGUCUGCAGUGUUGUUUCAGGAUAAGAGCCUUCCGAGCAAUGGCGAUGGCUUGACGACCGUGGAGUCCGGUGUUAUCUCGGCCCAGGCGGGUACUGAUUCCGUAUCAAGCCUAUCAAAGCCAGUCGAAUUCUCUUUAAAGAUUGACAAGCCCUUGAAAGAGGGUGAGAAUGUAUCCUGUGUCUUUUGGGACUUCAACCUUGCGGAAGGUGCUGGUGGUUGGAGCUCUGACGGAUGUCAUGUUGUCACCAGUACAGGCAGUGACGGCAACAUGACCCGCUGUGCUUGUGAUCAUCUUACGAACUUUGCCCUCCUUGUUUCCAGGAAGGCAGCAGUCAAGAUCAGCAAAACCCCGGUGGACAUAGCUCUAAGCUAUAUAUCCUAUAUCGGAGUGGGCCUGUCGAUAAUCAGCACUCUCGCAACAAUACUCACCAUUCUAUCUAUGAAGGAACUUCGGGGCCGCACUCAUCAACGCUUGAUGCUGGGACUCUGCUUCACACUGCUCAUCUUCCUCUGCUUGUUCGUCGGCACCAGCGCUCAGCUGGCACCAUAUAAGUGGCCGUGUCGAGUCAUGGGAGCUGUGAUGCACUAUCUCUUGCUGUCGGCAUUCCUGUGGACCACAUCCGAUGCUCUGUUGCUCUACCUGCAAAUUGUUCUGGUAUUCAGCCAGAAAAAGGACACCAUAAUCAGACUCAGUAUUGUCUCAAUCUUUGUUCUGCCAUCUGCCAUUGUAAUUACGUCGGCAGGUGCAACUCAAUUUGAAGCUUAUGGGAACCAGCAAUAUUGUUGGAUUAGCAGCAACCCGGUAUUCUAUGGUGCUUUCGUCGCCCCAAUGGCACUGUGCGUCUCUUUCAACGCCGUAGUCUUCCUGAAGGUGGUGCACUCGUUACAGAAGCGAGGCAAGAACUCUGUUUCCAACAAAACAAAGCACAAGGGCAAGGUCUAUCUGCUGAAGGUAGCCGUUUCGUUGUCCGCUCUUCUCGGCCUCUCCUGGAUCUUUGGAUUUCUGGUGUCGGUGAUCGAUCAUGUCUCCCUGCAGUUCCUGUUCACGAUCAGCACCGCAAUGCAGGGUGUGUGCUUGUUCAUGUACACACUCAAGUCGAAGGACGUACGUCGCCGCUGGUCAGUUCGCAUCAGCUCCCGCAUGCCGUCGGUGUCGCGGCCAAGCCUUCGCAUGCCGAACAUGCCGCGACUCUCAUCACACAGAACAUACGGCACGUCGUUCACGGACAUCUCAUCCUCGGAGAGAUCAGGGUCCUCAUUGUUCAAGCGGAAACGCAAGCUGGAUGAAGACGCCCUCACCAUGCAGCAUCUUCACGAAAUCAAUCUGAGUUCUCCAACACUAUCUCCCACGGUGUCAGUAUCAAAGCUGCCCAUGGAAGCCGAGUCCACGCUCUCAAGGACCCCGAGUUAUCUGCCCUCGGCAGUUGAGACUGACGACACACAAAAACAAUCCAGUCUCUCGCCAAACCCAGGCCUGUUGGCCCCGGCCACACCGACCAUGAGAACGGAUAGCUUCGUGUCGGUGGCUUUCACCUGGGAUGGCAAUCCAAACACGUCUUCCCUGACCAGGGAUGUAGACGGGUUGCCCGACUUUGGAGUUACUGCACCGGAGGACGAUCAAGUGCUGUACUGAGCUGUUCACAAGAGGGGUGAUUUGCCUUAUCUUACACAUUGCAAAUUGUUGUGUUCAAGAAUGUAUCCACUUAUGUGGUUUCACAGGCAUGUGACAAUUUGUCUUUAUGCCGUUUAUCGCAUUUACUCGGGCAUGUGUACUAUAUAAAAAUGUAUUUCUAGUUGAAAUCUGUAGUCCUCACGACUAGUUGUGCCACUGGACCACAGUGUACGGCCACUGCAUGAUCUUCACUAUUACUUGGUCUGACGCAUUUUCUUGAUUGUUUGAAAUCCUACACAUUAUUGGCACCGGAAACUGCGUUGACGUAAUCGGCUGAGCCCAUUUCCAGAGCUCAUUAUAGGACAUUUCAAAGUUUGGCAUCAUGAAUUGAAAGAGUUACUCAUUUUAUAGGCCUACUGACUAUAAUUAUUAUGGUUACACGUUUACAUGCACAUGUAGACGACAUGAAACGUUUGAACUUUCUUUUUUAAAUUUUUGUUUGGAGUUCCAACCAGACAGUUACAACUUCCUGACUGUUACAACUUA